AACCAUUCCCAUGUUUCCUCCAACUUGUCCACUCCUUUUCCUCCAACACCUUACUCAUAAUACAGAGAGAAGAGAAAAAAGAAAGAAAAAUAGAGUGACAACUAAAAAGAUGACAACCACCAUGAGUAACAAGGUUGAAGAUCACAUGGUACUGCUCUCUCAAUUGUACCCUGGUGUAUACACACAAAUGGUUCCACAACAAGGUGAGGCAAAACCGCGGCGGAGGAGAAAGAAGAACAAAGGAGGAGAAGGAGGAGUUGGUGGAGCGAAGAAGAGGAAACUAAGCUCAGAGCAAGUUAAUCUUCUUGAAAAAAAUUUUGGUAAUGAACAUAAGUUGGAGUCUGAAAGAAAGGACAAGCUUGCUUCAGAACUGGGUCUUGAUCCUCGUCAAGUUGCUGUUUGGUUUCAAAAUAGAAGAGCUCGUUGGAAGAACAAGAAACUAGAAGAAGAGUAUACUAAGCUGAAGACUGCCCAUGAAAGUAUUGUUGUUGAAAAAUGUCGCCUUGAAUCUGAGGUUUUGAAGCUAAAGGAACAACUUUCAGAAGCAGAGAACGAGAUUCAUCGAUUAACAGAAAGAAUAGAUGGAGUUUCGAGUAACAGUCCAAGCUCAACCCUUUCAAUGGAAGCUAUGAAGCCAACAUUUCUUGGAGAAUUUGGGAUGGAAGGAUAUGGAGAUAUUUUUUAUAUGCCUGAAAAUUAUUACAUUCAUGGCAUGGAAUGGUUUAACGAUCAGCUGUACAUGUAACUGGGUAAUUAUUGUUAAUUGGUAGCUUAAUUUUAGUAUGUAGAUAGUAAUCAAUCAAGUAAGAAAUCUAAUUAAUGUAAAUUAAUUUUCUCUAUCUAAUGGUUAAUUAUUAAUUAAGGGGGUGUAUUAA